AGUCAAACAUGACCUUGUUGUCGAUGGUCAGGCAACCUGCAACGGCAAAAUAAGUAAUACAAGGUUUAUUUGGCUGCCAAAAAGCUGCUAAUUGACGACUUUUCAAAAGCCAUAUCUUCUCGGAGGAAUUUCUAAAUUAUCUUUCUAUGUCAAUAAACAUUGACAGUUGGACUGGUGUUAAAAAUACUUUAAAAAGCCUAUACUCAAUUGGAUUUUUCCGUGAAAUAUAAUAAUCGAAACGAUGCCUGUUCCUUAUCCUCAACAUCCGAUCCCUAUUGAAGCGCUUUCUGAAUAUGACAUUCGUGAAAUACUCUUGGAUGGUCAUGAAAUUCUUGAAAAGCCACUAACUCCAGCUGCAAACUUCCAGAGGAUUAUUAAUCACAUCGAUUUUUCUGAGAGCAGCAGGUAUAGUGAUAAUUGUUCUCAGAAUAAAGAGUCUGAGUUUUUUCCAAAGAACUUUACACCAAAAAUAUGGGAAAAUGUUAAGGAGACCCUACGUACUACCUUGAUUGAAAUCAAUGCUUUGGUUGACGUUCUUUCUAUCAUCAAAGAAGGAAAAUAUCUGGCCAUUAAUCCUGUUGCUGAUGAUUCGCAAGAAACUAAUCUUUCUCUUUACCUAUCUGGGAAAAAACGAUCUAUCGCUGCUGCCGCUGAUAUCUUAAUGAAAGGUGCUGAGCGUCUUCGUCGUAGACAUAGUGAAUUGAUUGAUGCUAGAGUCCGACGAUUGAAUUCAGUUGUACCUCCUCAGUUUGAUAGUGCUCAUAACUCCUUCCAUAAAGCACUAAUGCAUCUACGCCAAGAAUGGAGACUAAAGUUGCAUCAAAAUUCUAUUUUAGGUGAUGUUAGUCUACGGUCAGUUGGUUCUCACUUUAAGGAGUCUGGUAAUUUCGAGAUCCGGGAAUCAGAUGGUUUUGCUGAUAGUAAAUCAGAUGUGGAGUCACAAGACGACAAGUGUGUUGAUGCAGUAACUGGAGUUAUGAUAAUUUUUUCUCAGUCUAUGGAAGCUCUUUUAAAUUUAUCUCAUGGACCUGGUUUAUUGAAUGUUGAAUUCCUUGAAUCGGAUAUUAAUUCACUACCCACACCUUUAUUGGAGUUCAUAUUUCAUAAACAACAAAUAUCCUCAUGUUCUAGGGAUCCGUUACCUAUUAACCAAAGACAAAAACUUUUCAAAGCUCAGAGAUUAUUAGCAUGUCGAGAGAUUUUAUCUUUGCUUAGUUGUGAAGCAAGUACUUCAAAGGAAUAUAAUCAUCUAACUGGUUCUGUCGCUUUUGCCACUCAGGAUAAGAUCAUAGCUACAUUAUUUCCGGGAGUACAAAUAUGUCUGUCGUCCGCUGUUAGACCUACAGUUUUUGGUGAAGAUGUAUCGGGUGACGAAAGACCAAAAUUGCAAGAUAAAAAAUCGGAUCAUACAGUAUCUACUAUGGACUAUUCAAAUUGCAUAAACUUGCAACUACAUCGUAUGUUAGCAGGUCAGCAUCGUGCAGUGUGGCCGAAUCUUGCCAGUUUGCCACAGCCUACAUGUGGCCCUGUAGAGAUUCCUUUAUACUAUCGUUCAGGUGGUGCAAAUGGAUUACAUGCUUCGAAAUUCUCAUCACUACCAUAUAGCACGAAGUUCUCUGGAUUUUCUGUCGCUGUAGCUAGUGUUUCUGGUUUUGCUUCCCAAGCUGCUUCUGCUUUGUGUGUUAUUCACGCUACUAACCGGAUUAACUCAAAUAGUGUUGAGAAAACAAACACCUUUAACCAGCGGUCCCAACCCAUCUUCGCUGGUCAAGAUCGCUUGUCGCUCUUCACAGAAUGGGGACACUCACUCCCAGGUGGAGCCUGUGUUCCAUCAGUUGGGUUUCGUCAUGGGGUACCAAACUCUGCUGAUGAUUCAGUCCCUGGCACGAGUGACAUCGCCAUGCUGGAAUAUACCCUGUUAUCUCGAGGAGUUGAUGAAGACACAAUGAAAACUGUUCUUGGUACGAAUCCGUCGUUACUUAGCCGAACCAUUGCCAUAUCUCGUCAUCACUAUCUUCGAGAUCAAGUAUACUCCAUCAUAUCCGAACUUUCUCAAUGCUCUCCUAUUAAGAUUAUAGCUCAUUGGGAUACUUUUAAUUCUGCUACUGAAACGUCAGUCAGAUUGUGUUUUUACUGUACAGAUUAUGAUGCCUAUCGUUCGUGGUUAGGUGUAACAAUUACACCUAAUGGUCUUGUGGUGUUGUAUGCAGACCCUCCUAGAACAUAUCGUUUAGGUAUGGAUCUAAACAGACUCAGAGAUGUUUUGAACAAUCAGGUAUUGUAUACACAAAUGAAUUAUAUAGAUAUAUUGGCUAUAAAAAUUUUGGGUUGGGUUCGACUAGGGAAUAAUCCAUUUUCAGCACUAGCCAAUCCUGAAGAAAUCGGUGAUGGUCCAGUGAUAGUAAAAAUGUUUGCAUCUCCUUCUGCUAAACAGUAAGCUGAUAUUUCGUAUACCAAUUUUUUUCUUUUGUGUUUCAUGAAUAUUACUGUUAAUAUCCUUUCCACACAAUUAUUUUGUUGUUACAAUUUACUUACAUAUGAUCAUAAUAUGAACUAGUCCAAUCCUAAUAGUAAUGUGUGAGUGAUCUGAAGUUUAUUGGUAAAUUUAGCGAAACUGAUACUCAAUAUUAAUGCAUCUAUUACAUAGUUUAUCUGAAUCCAGUAGGAUUAUAUUUAGUUCAUAAAUGAUUGUGAGCACUACCUAGACAUUUUUGUGUAUUUUGAAGCGGAACGAACUGUAAUAUUACAAUGUCGAUAGGUACUGUUAUUCAAUAUCAGAUGACAGAACGUUAGGUGUGAACAGCUGUUAAGUAGAUCUAAUUUUAGAGAUGAAAUACUGAAUACAUAUAUCUUUACUGUUGAGAUAUAUUUCUAGUCACAGGAUUUGAUUUCAGUUCCUUAAGGUUACUAUUUAAUAAAACCAUGGUUCCUGUCAGUUGCUUUAUACAGUGGUGAUAAAUCGUUACAUGAUAACAAUGAAACACCCGCCAUUAUUCCACUACUUUUAAAGUGUUAUCUACCAUUUUUCCUGUUUCGACAUUAGCAACAUGUGUACAAAACUUAAUAGCCUCGUUAAAUAUUUGUACCUUUUUACUUGAGACUGUAAACAGCCUCAGUCCUUCGAUUAUCUAAACAAAGCUGAGUAAUACUAUAGGCUUAAAUAGUCAAGUUUAUGUCUACACUAGUCGGUUGGAUAGUUUUAGUUUCAUACACAUAUUAACUAUCAGAACCUAAGUGACACUUUUGUUAGAUCAUACUUUUCAUUUUUUGAAAUUACAGUACGAUAGUCGUUAAAAUUAAUUUCAAACAAGGAACUAAAGUUAGCACUUGUGUACAAAAGGAUUAAAAUUCAAGAACGUUAGCGUGUACUUGGUAAAUGAGUGACACUGAAUAAUUUAGAAAAACACCAAAUUGUUUGAAGUCUAAACAAACAUUUUAAAAAUGAACUCUUACUGAGCCUCCUAGUUAUUAGUCAUUUUCUGGUGUUAUUUACAUCGUGUAAAUAAAAUCCAUCGCUUUUAUAUCCCUUAUUGGGAUAAGUCUAAAGAUCUUGAGGAUUCUAAAUGAUGUUUUACUUCAAAUCGCUUACAUCUUAAAGCUUUCAAAUAAGUUAUUUUAUUAUUACACUAGUACUAGUAAAAAUAUUUUCUGCUAUUUACAUUUCCUAAAAAAGACAGAUUGACUCGUUUGAAGAUCAUUCCAAUUGUUGUGUUUGUCCUAAUAUAUCCUAUACAGAAUAAACGAGUUCCUGCUUGAAUAGAGUUACUUAUUGCUGUUCUAAAAUGUCAUGGAUAACACCUCAGUGUUUUGUAAUUUGGUAGAUGAGUCCCAUAAAAAACACUAACAGAAAUCAGGAUAAAAUUCAGGCUGGACGAAACGCACAUCCUAGAUUCCGUUGCUAAUAUAGGAGGAAAUAAUAUUUAAAAGUAUAUUCUGAAAUAUUUAUUGAUAGUCAUCCUAAAGCCCAUACAAUAUGUAUUACUGACAUAUAUUUGUUUCUUCGAAAGAUUUUCUUGAAUCUCUUUUAUUUACUUGUAAGUAUUUCUCAUGCUCUUUCGUCGUAUUGAUUUUUGGUGUUACACUUUCUUUUAUCAAACACCUGUUUAUCGGGAAAUGUAUUGGUUUUAAUUUGUUGUUAAGUUUCUCUUUCUGUUUCUCCACACCAUUUUAGUUUAAUUUGUUUACGUGCAAGUGCUGUCAUGGAUAUUCGAAUGUUUGUUUCUCGUUGUAGUCCAUGCGACUACCAAUUUACUACCGAUCAUAAAGAUAUAUUUUCAAAUCAAGACUUUCGUGAAGUAUUUCUUUCUCAUAUGUAUGGAAAAAGUUUGGUGUCCAAAGUUGAAGCACUUAUGACUUUAUUAUCCUAAUGAAAGUAUUAUAAAAGAUUUUGUUUUAAUUGUGUAAAUAAAUAUUACUUUAU